AGAGUUAGAGACAGAAGAGAGAGACAAUAAAGCCUUAAAAAUUUGGUCUUUUUGAUGUCUUUGGUUUUGGUUUGAGCAAAAAGAGGAGAAAGGGACAAGAUCCCCGAAAGGCGUGCCGUGCCAUCUUCAUAUCAUAGUCAAUUUCACUCUUUCUUUCAAAUGGGUGGGUAAUAUACUACUUUCUCACUUCAUCUUGGAUUGGAUCUACUUCUCCAUUGAAUUUCAUUUCAAAUUUCAAUCUUUCAUCUUUUUGGCUUGUUGGGUCAUUGAGUUUGAAGAAGAAGGAUGUUUCCUAGAUUGAUACACCCUCAUGAUGGAAUUGUUGUUGGACAAGAUGAUUUGCAAGGUGGUGUCUCUAAUCAUAAGGGUGACCCUUGUCUUGUUUUGACUGCUGAUCCAAAACCUCGUCUUCGUUGGACUCAAGAUUUGCAUGAACGUUUUGUUGAUGCUGUUACUCAGCUUGGAGGUCCCAGCAAAGCUACACCAAAAGCAAUCAUGCGGACCAUGAACGUCAAGGGUUUGACUCUAUUUCAUUUAAAGAGUCAUCUUCAGAAAUACAGACUUGGGAUGACAGGAUCCUAUCUUUUAGAAAGCCCUGGCACUGAAAACCCAUCUCCAAAGUUGCCUACUUCCGAUACAAACGAGGGUUAUGAAAUCAAGGAGGCGUUGAGAGCACAGAUGGAAGUGCAGAGUAAACUACAUUUGCAAGUGGAGGCAGAGAAGCACUUGCAGAUUCGCCAGGACGCAGAGCGAAGAUACAUGGCUAUGCUUGAAAGAGCCUGCAAGAUGCUAGCUGAUCAAUUUAUUGGUGCUACCGUCAUAGACACAGACAGCCAAAAGUUCCAAGGAAUUGAAAAUAAAGCACCAAGAGGUCCCUUGGUUGAUCAUCUUGGUUUUUAUUCUUUGCCAUCUACUGAGGCGGCCGGGGUGAAUGUUCCGGAAGAAGAAGUUCCUCAAACCAUCCCACCCCAAAGAGCCGAUUGUUCAACCGAAAGUUGUUUAACAUCGCAUGAGAGCUCUGGAGGAUUGACUUUAGAAGGAUCUCAAGUUGGAGGGAAAAGGAGAAUGCUAGGUAUGGACUCAAUGGCAGCACCUUUGAUUUGGAGUGAAGCAAAGAUGAAAACUCAAGCCAUCAAUUUAGGCCAAGGUAAUCAUCCUCUUGGAAUAUCUAGGUAUGGCAUGUAAGCAUGAAAGGUUCUACUUCAUGAUUCAAUAUCUCAUAAUAUAGAGAUGCACCCACCAUUCUGCUUCAUUCCUUUUCAUAUUUUACUUUUUCAUGUCUAGUAAGUUAGUAGAGAACAAAGGUGGAAUCAAUUUUAUCCAUUUUGUAAAUUACAACUACUCUAUGGCUUUAAAUAUUUCAUAAAACUAGCCUUGGCUGUACAAAUGGUGUCAUUUGGUUAUUUUUAUGGAUAUCUUAGUUUUUUUUUUUUUUGCAUCA